CCAGGCGUUUCCUUCGGUUCGGAAGGGCCGCGGGGGCAGGGGUGGCCUCCCUGCCCGUGACUUCCUGCCCGCCUCCAGCCAGAGCCGCGGCGAAAACAAUUUCCCCUUCCCCGCCCCAGCGAGGGGAGGCGGCCCGGCUCCUCCUGCUGUCGUCGCGGCGUUUGUUUGCUGGGAGUCCCGGGCUCCGAGCAGAGCAGGGUGGGCGUCGGCUGGGGAGCCGCCAUGGCGCUGCCGGAGCCGCUGAGCGCGGCGCAGCUGAGGCGCCUGGAGCAGCACCGUUACAACGCCUCCGGGCGCUCGCUGCUGGAGCCGCCGCUGCAGCGCUAUUGGGCCUGGCUGGUGGAGCGCACGCCGGCCUGGCUGGCCCCCAACGCCAUCACCCUCGGCGGCCUCGUCCUCAACCUGCUCCCCACGCUCGUCCUUGUCGCCUACUGCCCCAGCGCCACCGAAGAGGCUCCUUCUUGGGUCUUUGUCUUGUGUGCAUUAGGACUUUUUAUUUACCAGUCACUGGAUGCUAUUGAUGGGAAGCAAGCCAGAAGAACUAAUAGCAGUUCUCCUUUGGGAGAACUAUUUGACCAUGGCUGUGACUCCAUUUCCACAGUUUUUGUUGGUAUUGGAGCCUGCAUAGCAGUUCGGCUAGGAACAAAUCCAGACUGGCUGUUUUUCUGUUCCUUUGUUGGAAUGUUCCUGUUUUAUUGUGCUCACUGGCAAACCUAUGUAUCUGGCAUGCUAAAGUUUGGCAAAGUUGAUGUAACUGAAGUACAGAUAGCCAUAAUGAUGCUCUUUUUGUUAUCUGCAUUUGGUGGAACAACAAUGUGGGAUACUAAGCUUCCUAUGCUGGACUUAAGAUUGAAGAUGAUUCCUGUUGCUGGAAUUGUGUCUGGAGCAAUAUUUUCCAGUUACAAUUAUUUCAGAGUAAUCUUCGGAGGAGGUGUGGGGAAGAAUGGAUCCACAAUAGCAGGCACGAGUGUUCUGUCACCAGGCCUCCAUAUAGGAUUAAUUAUUACUUUGGCAAUAAUGAUCUAUAAAAAAUCCACAACACAUCUGUUUGAAAAGCAUCCUUGCCUCUAUGCCUUAACGUUUGGAUUUGUGAGUGCCAAAAUAACACAGAAAUUGGUGAUUGCACACAUGACAAAAAGUGAAAUCUUCCUACAAGAUACUGCAUUUAUUGGGCCAGGCCUCUUAUUUCUAGACCAGUACUUCAACAGCUUUAUUGAUGAAUAUAUCAUUCUGUGGAUAGCACUGUUCAUAUCCUUGCUUGAUUUGCUGAGAUACUCCACUGGGAUAUGCAUACAGAUUGCUGCUCAUCUUCACAUUCAGAUCUUCAAAAUCUCAUCUCAUCAAGCUCCUGAACAGAUGCCUUAUGCUUUAGUGAGAUCAGAAAAAUGGAACCACAACUCUUUACCACAAGGCAAGUCUUUUUAUGUAGCUAAGAGGCAAGAAAUCUGCCAGCCUCAGCUGUGGACAGACUUGUAGUUUCAAAUGUUUUUACUUUAUGCAAAGCAUUACUGUUGAGUUUUAAGCACCUUAGUGACACAAGUAGGUAAAACUAAUGGUAGAGCAAAUUAUUUAAAUCAAUAUAUAUAGUUCAGAACAACAUAGCUCAUUUUGUUUUGUCUUAGCUUUGAUGUUCUGUAAUAAUAAGCCCAGUUGUACAUACUGCCAUGUGACAAGCUGGAUUGACUACUUUCAAGAGAUUCAGUGUUGACUUUUCCUUGAUGUUUAGAGUUAGUUCAUAUUACACAUUUUCUUUACUGAAACAGUCCCAAGUGGUUCCUAGCUAUGUGCUUUUGUGUACAAUAAAUUAUAAUCAUAGAUAAAAAAAAAUGCUGCCAUGAACUUGGAAAAUGCUGGCAACUAUAUCUAGCAGGGAGAGGUUGUGUUCUUCCUAGCCCACCAAGCAGUGGUUAACAGGCUGAGAGGAGCAGUUUUACAGGGGAAGGAAAGUGCAUAGGGAUACCUCUUCCUGUGUGUCUUCUCCCCCACUACAAUUGUGUUCUCCUCAGUGCACUGUCUGCAAAUGGCACAAUUUACAUGUACCCCCCCUCCAGCAGCAAAAUUCAGCAGGGGUAAAUUCAGCAGCAGCUUGGGCAUCUGUGAGGGCUGCAUGCAGGCCACAGGUUGCCCGUGUGUGCCUUAGAAGCUCAGCGUAAUGAAGCUGCCCAGUCUUCUUCAUUAAAAAGGAAACUAUGGAUCAUUUAGCUAAAAACUAAUCUAAACCCCUCCUAGGUCAGUUUUAAAUAGGGGAUGAAGAGUUCUUCUGACAUGAACAACUGUGUUCUAGCUUUUUAGCUAGAAAAUAGCACAACAGUAAAUACCCACAAAUGGCAAGACUUCAGAAUCCAGCUCUGUCAGUUAGAAAACUGAGCGAUUUGCAUCAUGUCACCAAAUUCUAAAUAAAAUGCUGACUAAUGGGGAAACUUAUAUAGAGAAUCUGGAUGAAGUGGCAAAAACGCGGCAUUUAAGUAAAACUAUAAAUUUCAAGGACAUUUCAAGAAAAACUAGAAAGUGAAAAAAUCACAACUUCUUGCUUUGCUUCUGUUAAGAUUUUUUUUAAAGUGGAGUAAUUGUCCCAAAUUCUUUUUGAAAGUGAUGUCAGAGUUUAAGGCCAAAUGCAUUAUUGUUACAUUUCAACAGUUAAAACUGUGCUUCUAAGUUGCUGUAAAAGAGUAUGCAGUGUUCCAUAACCAUGAAAACUUUGUUGCAUUGUAAUGUUUGAGUCACCAGUGUGUUUUUACAGUAUGAAAAUAUAAAGCAUUAUGUUCAUAUUUAUUUUUUUAAACUCAGACAAAGCUCAUUGAAGGAAGGUUUUGCUAUUUGGGAGUGGCGGGGGGAAGAAACAUUUCAGUUGCAGAUUUUGGAGAUAGGUACCUGCUUGCUUAAUAUACAAGCUCUUCUUCAAUAAUCAUUGUAGAUGGCUUUUUAAUUUAGCUUUUAAUCAGGUUACAUGAACUGCAGAAUGCAAAAUAUUAUUGCUUGUUUAAUAUCGACUAGGCUACCAGCCCCCAACCUUCCCUAAAAAAAGAGAACAUUUUACUUACAGUAAGACCAUGAAAAAGACCAUGAAACUGGCAAAUUAUUAAGAGUGCCUUACAAUAAAGGAAAUCCUAAACUAGCAACGUGUACAUUGUAUAAAGAAGUUGUUAUGCACUGUAGGUGUCCUGAACUUUCAAAAAGUAUCUUAGCCCUGUUAUCUAGAUUCUUGGUUUAAGAGGUGAAAGAAGAUUGGUGCAGAUGGAUUAACAUUAAAGAGCCAUUGGGGUACUUGAGAGAGAGAGAAGGAGAGGAAAAAUCCAUUGAAUCCAUUUCUGUUGUUAAACAGCAAUGAGUUGAUUUAUCUGUAAUCAGUGUUGAAUAUAAGGUAUUCAAACAUAUGUAAUUUUUAAUAUGGAGUUUAAAAUAUUGGCUCUUUUCCCCAUAUGGCUAAUGUAUAUAAUUGUAUCAUGUUACUUAGGUACAAGUUGUUUCUCCACUGAGCCAUCAGAAUAACAUGGACUGAAGAGAUUUGCGAACGGUUGCCAUCUCUUGCUGUUGCUGUUAUAAGAAAAGAGAAAAAAUACUGAUCAAAUGUAAAUUUUGUAUCAUAGUGUUCUGACUUGCUGAAUUACAAAUGGUGAAUGUUAAUUUUUCUAUUUAAAUGUUAUAUUUUAAAAUGUCACUGAAGUUUUUCAUAAAUCAGUAUUAACACUUA